CUAAAUCAUAUAAAUAAAUAAUCAUUACAAAUCCAAUUUAGUUUACAUCUAGUUGCUAUCGUAAAUGUAUACUGAAUUACUGAUUAUCUAAUAUUUUUUCUGAUUACCUAAUAUUUUCAUAAUUUGUGAACUCUAUUAAUAUUUUAUAUUGAAUUAAUCUUUUACAAAAUUAAAUCGCUAAUGUUAUUUAAUUUUUGCUCUUAAAAUAAAUAUAUCGUUUAAAAUGGAGUAUUUUUUCCCUAAAUAUUGCAACUCUUUUGUUAAUCUUAAAGGUAAAACAGUAGUUAUAACAGGCUGCAACACAGGAAUAGGAAAAGAAACUGCUCUGAACUUUUAUAGAAGAGGCGCAAGAGUCAUAAUGGCUUGUAGAAGCAUAUCUAGAACACAAGCGGCUAUAGAUGAUAUUAGAAAAAUUACUGAAGCAGAAGAAAAUGUUGGAGAAUUAGUAUUCAAACAUCUAGAAUUGUCAUUUCUUACUUCUGUAAGAAAGUGUGCUUGUGAAAUACUUGAUUCAGAGACACGCAUAGAUAUUUUGAUAAAUAAUGCAGGCAUUAUGCUUUGUCCCAAAACACUAUCAGAAGAUGGAUACGAAUUACACUUGGCUACCAAUCAUUUGGGACAUUUUUUAUUGACUCUUUUGUUACUUCCAAGGAUAUUGAGAUCAUCUUCAGCAAGGAUUAUUAAUGUUUCUUCGUUGGCUCAUAAUUGGGGUGACCAGCUUAUGCAUUUUGAAGAUAUAAAUUUGGAAAAGAAUUAUACACCUAGUGGAGCGUAUGGAAGAUCGAAAUUAGCUAAUAUUUUGUUUACUGUCGAAUUAGCUAAACGAUUGGAAGGUACUGGUAUUAAUGUUUAUGCUGUAAACCCAGGAGUAGUACACACUGAAUUGAGUAGAUACGCUGACCAAACCAUAUUUCCUGGAGCUACAUGGCUUUACAACGGAUUUACAAAAUAUUUACUAAAAACGCCAGAACAAGGUUGUCAAACAAUUCUAUAUUGUGCCUUAGAUAGUCAAUGUGCUAAUGAAACUGGAUUAUAUUACAGCGAUUGUAAAAAUGUUGAACCAAAUCCUGCAGCUAAAGAUCAAAAUAUUGCGAAUGAACUGUGGGGUGUAAGUUGCAAACUCGUCAAAAUUGAUUUAGAAAGCAAUUAUUUUAAAGCCGAUUAAACAUCAAUAUUUUCACUAGUUAAUUUGUUACAAAAAAUAAUAAUUAUAAUUCAACAUUAUUAAUUUAAUUUAAAUUUUAUAAAAUGAAUCAAUACUGUUCAUA